UGCGUGUAUUUUUCGGUUAAUGUUUAGAGUUUCCUUAUAAUAGGCUACCCAAAGAUCAUUUUACACUCAGACUUAUUGAGGAACUAUUUUGCUUCGUAUCUGACCAGCUGUUGAAACAAGGCGUUGUAUUUAACUAUACUAUGCCACCACAAAGCAAUUCUUAUUCAAUAAUCAGGUCCUUCAACCUUCUAAGAUACUUGUUUCUAGUUCUCGGGUUCUAUCCUUUCUACUCGCAUGCACUGAAAAAGUCCUAUCUACGCAGUUUAUUACUGUUCUACUGUCUACUCAUAUCAUUUUACGACAUAUUUGUCACUAUAAUCAUAAUAUUAGCUGCAGGGGAUAUUAUGAUUGAAGCAACGCUCGUUAGGAAUGUGGAUUUCAUAUCGAUUGGUUUUGGAGAAAUACUCAUCUCUAUUACUGGUUUAAUAUUGAGGCUGCUCUAUAAUUGCCAAGCACACAAAUUGGUUGAUUUCUUUCAAAAAUGGUCGAGUCUUGAAUGUGAGUAUGAAAACCUAACUGGAAAGCAAUUGAAAACAAUGGACUUGAAAAAGUUUUCGCCAAUUGUGCUGGUCAGUUCGACUUUCGUUAUUCUACUAAUGGCAACCUAUAAAAUGGAAGUGAACGAUUUAUCCGACGUUUUGAUUUACUAUACUGUCUCUAUUGCCUAUACUAUGAACUAUCUGACACUCCUCUACACUGGAAUAAUAUGGAAUAUGAUGACAAUUGCGCUGCAAAACACAUCUCGCCAACUACUAAAAGACUAUUCAAGCGAAGAGUGUGCUAACUCCUUCAUUGAAGAUUGUGAUAAUUCAAAGUACAAAGAUCGUCAAGGUCUCAACAAUUCUACUAGCGAAGAGAUCCACUACACUAGAAGUAUUAAUUCGAACUCGAAAAAGCAGCAUUAUCUCUGUUUAUGGAUAAAGUUGGUCAAUUUACAGAACUUAUUCUCGGGUGCCUUUUCGCCAAUGUAUGGCGCUCACAUGACGUUCAACUUCUUGCAUGUCCUGUUCAUGGGAUUUGGUUGGACUGGAGCUCUCUACCGGUAUGUGGCACCUGAAAAAGUUAGCACCACUGUCGAGGCUACACAAAUUCUGGCAUUGUGGGUUGAAAUAGCACAGAGUUUCAUCUAUAUUUUGGUCGGAUCUACCACAACUGAUGCGGCACAAAGAGCGAUGGAUGAAGAAAGCAAGAAAACACUGUUGAAAAUAAUCAGAAGAAAGAAACAAAAUAAUCUCCCUAAUGAACAGGAAGUGAAUUUUUUGAAAAUUGUAACAAGAACCAAAAUCAAAAUGAGAAUACCUGGAUAUGGAAGGAUUGAUAGAGAAUCUUUUUGUAAGAUUCUAAUUACUUGGAUUAAUUAUAUGAUAAUUCUAUUACAAUUCCGAAAUUUGAUUCAAGAUGAUAGUAAAGAUCCAAAAGAGAAGCAAGGGUUUGCUUGGAGCAUUGGUAAUUUGUGAAAGAGUUUUCGUUCACUACCAGAGUGAGAAAUUAUGAAGGAUCAGUUGAGUGGUGAAAACUCAUCUCAUAACACUCGAUCCACUGGUGAAGUCUACAAACCCCACCCCCCAUCCACAAAUUUCAAAAUCCUGGCUACGCUAGUUGCCUCUUCUAAUAAUAAUCAUAAAUAUUCUCCCAACCUAAUUAGCUCAUGCUCCCUUACUAAAACAGGUAUUAAUGCUCGUGAAUGUCAAUCUGAUUCACCAGUCUUUCAAUAAUAAUAAUAAUGUACAUCUUUUGAAUACUUUAUUGGAAGACUUCACUUAGAGCUUGUUCACAUGACCGCGACUUACGCUCGGUUGUCGCGCGGCUCGAUUUGCCAGUCUCGUACACAUGAACACAUGACAGCGAUUCAUGAGCGAUUCGCCCUCGAUUAAGUCUGAGAUUACAACCGCCGCGAUUCACCGGCGACUACUAAAACCGAGCGAUCGCGCGACAACCGAGCGUAAAUCGAUGUCAUUUGAACAGACUCUUAUAGUAGGACCUAAAUCGUAUUAAUUCAAUGAAUACACAGUAGUUGCAAAACGCUCAAGUAUAUAAUAACAUAUUUAUACAAUAUUAUAUAGAUCUAUCUUUGGUAUAUUUAACAUAUAUUGUGAACUUAUCGCAACCUGUGGAUUUUUGUAUAAAAUCUAAAUCUUUUCCUCGUGAUUGAACCAGAGUUAAAUCACAGACAAAGAAAUCAAUAUUAUCAUGGUGCACAUGCUUAACAAUCCAUUAUCUGUGGUAGUAAACAUACACAGUAUAGGCUUGAUGAUUCCGUUCAAAAAUCACUUUGAGUCCUCAUUGCUUGUCAAUAAAGUCAAUCAAUCAAAAGUCAGUCUUUAGGUAGCGAACUGUCGCUCUUGCCACGGGCAUAGGUGCGAACAGUGGCCUUGUUGCCGAGCAUUCUGUCCAGCAGAGACUGUUUGUUCUUGCGUCUGGCACUCAGCACUUCUCGGCACAGUUCGUGGAACACUUCGCCCACUUGUUGCACCUGUUCCGCCGCUGCCACUUCGUUGAACCAGCACUCGUAGUCUUUGGCAAGAAUUUCGCCUUGUAAACAGAUUGUAAUGCAUUAAACAAUUUAAUAAUGAUUCGUAUCUGUAUCAUAAAAAUAUAAAUAAUAAUUCGUAUGAUUGUAAUGAUUCGUAUCAGUAUCAUA